UUAAAAGAAAAAUAUUUCUUUUUCUAAUAUCAAGAUCAUUUGUGUGAAUUUUGUUUUUAUGAAAUCACAUUACAUACAAAUAUAUGUUUUCAUCUAAGAAGAUGUAGAUAAAAAAAGUAUUUUAUUACUUCAAAAGUAUAUUUUUUGUUACUUAAAGAUAGCUUUUAAAUGGAAUAUUGCUAUUUUGUGAACUUUCAUUUUUUUAUGAAAUCAUAUUAUAUAUACAUAUAUUUUUCGUUUUUAAAUUAUUUUAUAAACUUUAUAAAUGUUUUCUUUUUAUUUAUAUUAUUAUUUGGAAAAUUUUAAAAAGUAAAAAAUAAUAUUUAAGUGUACUUUUUUAUUUCAUUAGAGGUAUCAUAGCUAGUAAUCAACCACCGUGAGAGUUAACGUAAGUGCGACACCUAGAAAAGUGACUUCUCAAAUAAUAUUAUAGAGAUUUUCUCUUAUUCAUGUUUUCUUAACGUUAUAAAAUUAUUAUAUUACUAUAAUCUAUACAAUACUAAAAGAGAUAUAUGAGCUCCAUUGAACCUAUCCACGUAGGAUAAAAAAUUCAAGCCAAUUAGAUUGUCUUAAGAUGCCAUGUCAGCUUAGUAAAAAAAAUCUAACUUUACGUUAUUCCUUCUUCUUCUUUGACGCCUUUCCAGUGUCUCGCCAGAUCUGGGUUUCUCUCGCCAAACCUUCGGCUACCGUUCUCCCAAAAGCCUCCCCGUAACGCCUAAUUUAUGGUUACCUUACUCUCAUCUCCACUUCAAUACAUUCUCAGUUUCUCUGUUCCAAUUCUCUUUUUGAAGGCGUUCGAUUUCUCACCAAACUGAAGCUAAAAAAAAUGGGGAUUUCCCAAUUAUACAUUUCUGACUUGGAGAUUGGUCGUUUUGAGGACGUGGUGGUGACACGUCUUCUUCAAUUCUAGGAGUCGGUACUCUGAAGAAAGGAGGCGAGGUUAUUGCUUGACAAGAAGGUACUAUCACCGCACAUCGACUCUACAGUUUUAAAAAUCUACUGAGUGAAAGUGCUGUGUACGAGCUUAGUGUGUUCUAUGUUGCUAGAAGCAAUAAUCACUUCAAACUGUGCGCCUCUCUCCUGUCUGUAUUUGAUUUACCGAGCAUAACAGCUUUGUCGAGGUUGUCGACCCGACGGCUGAAAAAAAAUCAGGUUUUGCAAGUAUGAGCAGCUAAUGGCUCUUGCUAACACCAACGUAGAUUUGCCCGAUAUUUUUCGUCAGGAUAGGAGUAUACACACCAUCUACAAUGACGAAAACGAGUCGAUACAGCGUGUUAUGGUCACAAUCCAGCUGGACAGGUCAACCACUGUGUGUCGUGUGUUUGAUAAGGUUGCAUGACAAGUUAGUACUCUUGGAUGUGAGACAAAAGGUCGCUUAGUCCUAAACGUCACAUUAGGGACACAGUUCUACUUUUAUCAUGAAAGCCAAGCCACUCAGUGUUUCUUAAAAGAAUGCAGGCUCUGCAGAGCAGAGAGUGGUUCCUCUGGUAUAUCUUCCAAAAUAUGGUGGUGUUAAGAAACUUGAAUAUCAACUGUGGAGUUUCUAAUAUAGCACCACACAAGUGAUGAUAUGUCUGUAGCUGUUAAACUUUCUAUGGUCCCAAAUCCAUUGGUGAAAAGCAGUUGUUCGUAUCACACAAACGGGCCAGAUGAUGUUCCAAUUAUUGAAGGAUGUCCAGCCAGCACUGACCCAGAGCCUGCACAUACUGAUUUAGUCCUGACCUCCACCGAGACUCCCAUUAAUGAUGAAAAAGCCCCAGUUCAAAGUAAGCUCGAAAUACUGAUCACUCCAACUAUGGAGACUUGGAAUUUGCAAAAUUCAAUUCAAUUGUUUGUUUCAAAAUUUUAUGUUUUCUUCAAUAAUGUUGUAAUCCACAUACUUUUACUUAGCACCAAAGUGUUUUUAUCUACUUAUCUUUGGCACAAUACCAUUUAAAUAGUUGAGUUUGUUAUGAGCAUUAUUUAAUUUGAAUUAUUUUUAAAUUAGUGGACGUCAUCUACCUUAACCUAACAAAAUAAUCUCCUGAUGUUUUUGGGUACAUACUACAUGGCCUCAUUUAGGUUGGUAAACCCUCGCAUUGGCUGUAAUUAUUUUAGUGGGCUUAACCACUUCAGAUUGCUAAGAUAAGUUAUCGCAAUGUUUUUUUUUUUAAAAAAAAAAAGCUUAAGUCAUCGCAAUGUUUAUGCGUAGUAAAAAUUUAAUCUUUUAUUGGUUACCAAACUUAAAUCUAGAGAAAAUUAAAAAUUUAUGGAAAACCACAAUAAAAGUUGAUCACCAGACGUAAAUUUAGAGAAAAUUAAAAAAAACAUUAAUGGAAAACACAAUAAAAAUAGUUAGGGAAACAGAAACAGCAUAUAAACCAAAUACAAAAAGAAAUUUAACUACAAAUAAAUAAUAUAAUCCAAAACCACAAAUUUCAAGAAUAUAUAGUGCAAUUUCAUAAAAGUGGAUAAUAGAAUUAUUCAUAUGCGAUAUACUUUUUACAAGGUCAUUAUAACCAAGAUCAACAAAACUAAGCCCUUUCUCAAAAAAAAAACUAAACUAAAAUAAAAACAAUUAAUCUGAUAGAUUUUUUUUUUUAAAUCAUGAAACUCAAGUUAAGUGAAAUUAAUAAGAUAUUGAUACAAAAUCAUAAUGAAAAUUUAAUAGUUAAUCAAAAUAAGAUUUUUAAAAAAUUAUAGUUAAAAAAAUGGAACAAGACUGAAAGUAAUACAAUAAAUACAAGAACAAAAAUGAAUAAAUAUCAUUUUAUAUAUAAACAAGAGCCUUUAGAUUAUUCUAUCCAAAUAAAUGGAGAAUUAUUUUUAAAAAAAGAUGUUAAGAUUUCCGAAAUUUUUUUUAACCUAAAUCCACAACUGCUAUAAAAAUAAAGUAUAGAGUUAUACAAUCCUAAACAAAGGAUAUGAUAUAAAAAAAUAUUAAUCAACUUAUUGGAAAAUAAUUUUUUUUUCCGCGCGAAACGCGGACCAACCUAGGCAAACUACAUGAACACCUUUCUCAAAAAAAAAACUACCGGAACCAAAAGGCAUCCACAAAAAUUGAUCUCUUAUUCAUGUUACGAAAAGUAUAUAUACAUGAGCUUGUGAACCUAAGGAAAUAUUCAAACGUAUCCUACCAUACAAAAUAUAAUAUCUAUGAAUAUAGGAAACAUGUAAUAACUAUAGGUAUUUACACAAUACUCCUCAAAAGAAAGCAUCCAAUUCCCCUAGAAAAUAGUAUGAUUUAGGGUUUCUAGAUUUUUAACUUUUGUUUCUACAGAAUACGAUAGUCAGUUCGACGACUAGAUUUCGCACAAAGUCAAAAACCAAGACAGAGUCAAGCUUUUACGCAAAGCCUUCUUAAAAACAGUUCGAUCAAACAAACCCUAGAAUACACUCCUCCCAUUUAAAUCUUUUCUUCGUCUUUUCAGUCCAGUCGAACAGAGAACAGAUUUUUUCUUCCUUGAAGAAAGUUAAGAUGUCUAAAUCAGAAGACAUGUGGUGGGAAUCGGGAGAGUUGAGUAAGAGGGAAAACUGAAAAGAGAAGCACUUGAAGUUGGUAAUACAUGGCCGGUUGUGUAGGAAAGUGGCAGGCAUUUUCUCCCUAGGAAACAGCCGAGAGAACGCGCACCACCCCCACCACAGACCCAACCCUAAUAUUUUACAGAACUUAUUUAGUCUAUUCAUUUCCCCACUCGACAGGAGGAGCUAGCCAAAUCGUUUUAAAGGUCUAAACAUGUUCAUAUCAUUCCUCUUAAAAUCAUAUGUUGACUGUGUAAACCAUUGAUAUUGCUAUGCUAGCUUGGUUCUUUUUUUUUAUCUAGACAUCUAACAAUAAGAGAGUAAAUACAUUUUUCACUGGUUAUUCAGAUGUUUAAUCGUGCAAACAUGUUUGCCCUUUUUUUUUUUUGUAGUUUACUUAUAGAGAUGGAGACGAAUAGUACUGUAAGCAAUACAAAGCAAGAUAAAUCUUCUCAAGGCUCCAAUCCUCGUAGUAACCGGAAACAAGAUUUGACGUGGAACUAUGUUAGUGAAGCUGUUGAUUCAAAGGGGAAGAAAGUAACGGCAUGUAACUUCUGCGGAAAGCAAUACGCUGGAAUCAGCAGCAUGAAACAACAUUUGGCUGGUCUGAAUCAAAGUAAAACUGCAUGCAAGGAAGUUUCUUCAGAGGUUCGAGAUUCUAUCGUAAAAUCCAUGAAAGAAAAUAACAAAGAGAAGACGAAGGAGAAAAUUGUUGUGGAUCUUGAGAUGACAGACUAUGAAGUAAAGGAUGGUCAAAGUUCUCAACAAUCUUGCACUUCCCAAAGUAGAAAAAGAAAGGUUAGUAUCCACUUAACAUGUGUACCUUGGAUACAAAGUUGCACUGCUUUUGUCUAGUUAACUACAUAGUAGUACAAGUGUUAUAGUAUGUUUGGUCUUGUUUUGGUACAAGAGUGUCUCAUCAUCGUUUACUUCAACUCUCUUUAGAAUCCUCACUCUCUUUUGUUCCUCACCCUCUCACUCUCUUUCGCUCCUCACAUCACACGCAGAGAGAAGCUACACCAGGAAAAGAAAAGAUGGCUGAAUCAGCAAAGCAACACAUUGAUCGCAUUCGCAGGACUAAGUUUUCUAUCGGUGGAGACGAGAAUCCGUUGACGGAAGAUCUUCAUCAGGCUGUGAAGAAUCUCUCAGCUGAGCUCUAUGCCAAGGAUGUUCACUUCCUCAUGGAGCUUAUCCAAGUAAGCAUUCUGCUGGAUGUAGAAACCAUGUUUCUUGUAUUUUUUUUUUUUUUUUGUCAAAGGAGUUAAAUGUUUCUUUGGCUUCCAGAACGCUGAGGAUAAUGAGUACCCGGAAGGUGUGGAUCCAUCUCUUGAAUUUGUGAUUACAUCUGAUGACAUCACAGCCACUGGAGCUCCAGCGACUCUCCUUAUCUUCAACAACGAGAAGGGCUUUUCAGACAAGAACAUAGAAUCCAUUUGCAGUGUUGGAAGGUCCACCAAGAAAGGCAACCGAAAACGCGGUUACAUUGGAGAGAAAGGUACCAUAAGACCUCAAAUACAAAACUCAACUUUCAAAAGACCCUUGUCCUUACAUAUGUGUGUUCUGUUUCAAUCUUUGGCAGGAAUUGGAUUCAAGAGUGUGUUUCUGAUUACUUCUCAGCCUUAUAUUUUCAGCAACGGGUAUCAGAUUAGAUUCAACGAGGCACCUUGCAGCCACUGCAGCCUUGGUUACAUUGUUCCCGAGUGGGUUGACCAACAUCCUUCUCUUGUCGACAUACAAAGGAUCUACGGUUCAGGUUCUUCUCUUCCGACCACAACCAUCAUCUUACCACUAAAGAGUGACAAAGUAGACCCGGUGAAAGAACAGCUCUCUAAUGUUCACCCUGAGGUUCUCUUGUUCCUUUCCAAGAUCAAGAACCUAUCUAUCAGAGAACACUGCCAAGAUCCUAACCUCAGCACAGUGAACUCCAUCGGUAUCAUAACCGAGACGGAUUUCAUGACGAGGAAGAGCAUUGACGCUGAGUCUUACACAAUCCAUCUCUCUGCUAGUGAAACAGACACAGAGAAGCAAUGCAGUUACUACAUGUGGAGACAAAAGUUCCCAGUGAAAAACGAGAACCGUGUUGAAAGAAGAACCGAAGUCCAAGAUUGGGUGAUAACUUUAGCCUUUCCAUUAGGAGAGCGUCUUAGCCGUGGAAACACCUCUCCUGGCAUCUAUGCCUUUCUUCCUACGGAGAUGAUAACAAACUUCCCAUUCAUCAUCCAAGCAGAUUUCAUCCUUGCGUCAUCAAGAGAAAUUAUACUACUUGAUGAUAUAUGGAACCAAGGGAUUCUCAGCUGUGUUCCGUUAGCUUUUGUGAACGCAUUCACCACCUUGGUGAAAAAGACCGAUGCUCCUAUCUCUAGCUUGCUGUCUACUUUUAGGUUCUUGCCUGUAACACAAUCUAGCUACGCUAAGCUAAACAUUGUUAGAGAUUCCAUCAGGGAGAGAAUCUGCGCUGAGGAGAUUGUGCCGAGCGUGUCACAUUUAGGACAGAAGUUCUUUCACAAACCAUGUGAAGUUGGUCGGCUCAUCCCUGCUUUUUCGGACAUCUUGGAGAAAGCGAGGAGAGAAGGCGCAGGGUUAAAGAACAUAUCAUCACAUGGAGUCUACAUUUUGGAUUCUUCUUUUGACAAAAAAGAGAAUGACUCCGUUCUAGACUUCUUGUCUUUGAGAGAAGUCAGCAACGAAUGGUACUCAAAAUGCAUUCAAGGGUGUGAUCUCGUGACAAGUGUGUCAGAAAGCACCUACGUGGAGAUCCUUCUCUUCGUAGCUCAGAACUGGGAGCCAAGAUUCAAGAACACAAACAUGGUUAAGGUUCCUCUUAUCAAGUACCACGUUCAGAAGGGAGCGAGUCUUCUUAGCAGCUUGGAAGAUCUCAGUCCUCGGACGUUAUGUCUCGUUGCAGAGAAGAAUCACUCGUGGUUACUCGAUUGGAACGGUGAGUUUAGAUGCAUGUCUGAUUAUGUUUUUCUGCCACAAGCAACAAAGAAAGCGUUGAAUGCAUCACGCUCUACUAAUAUGGAAGUAAUACGUAACUGGCUUGGAGAGAAGAUUACUUUGAUGGAUCUUAGUGUCUCUCUAUACGCACAAUGUCUCUUGCGUAGUCUUAAGAAAGACAACAGGCUUGUGGUGGCAUACGCACACUUUCUGCAUCACUCAAUCACCAAGGGGUUUCUAUCAGAUGAGGAGGCUAAGAAAUGUUGCGAAGAGAUGCCGCUUGUGGACAACUAUGGGAAUGUUAAGACGAGUACCUUCGGUGUUCUUGUUCCUGCUAGUGCAGGUAAAUGGGUUAGCUUAAUAACCGGGUCGAAUCCUUGGAGGCAGGACGGUUAUAUAGAGCUUUGGGAAGAGUAUAUGACGUCUGGUAUGUUCGCCGGUGUUCGGUCUAAACAGAGAGAGCUUCUUGGGUUCUUGAAAGAAUAUGCUAAAGCUGGAGAUGUACCUGAAGUAGCACCACCGAAUGCUGCUCUACCUGCCUUGUCUGGAGCUCUUCAGAAACAGAAUGUUUUUCUUCUUUUGGAGUGGAUUAAUAGUCAUAGAAACUCUCUUCCUCCAAAGUUUAUUGAUUCAGUUAAAGGAGGAAGCUGGCUGAGAACUAAGAUGAAUGGAAGCUAUGAUUAUCGCCCGCCUUGUCAGUCUUUUUACCAUACUGCAUCAUGGGGAGGCGUUCUGAAGAAGGGAUCAGUUCUUGUGGAUGUUCCACUUGUUGAUAGGAGCUUCUACGGUAAGAAGAUUGAGAGCUACACAGAGGAGCUGAAAACUGCUGGUGUUAUGUUUGAGUUUAGUGAAGCAUGUGCGUUUGUUGGUGACCACCUCAUGAGUUUAGCUGGGACCUCCUCGCUGUCAAGAGAGAAUGUGUUUUCUAUUCUUAAGUUCAUCAGAAACUUGAGAGAGAAGCUCCUCUCACCUGAUGAUUUCGUCACAUCCAUCAAAGGCCGCCCUUGGCUGAAGACAAGUUCAGGUGACAGAUCUCCAGAGGGAGCUGUUCUGUUCAGUGAAGAGUGGAAAGCUGCCUCUCUGAUAAGUGAGAUUCCGUUUGUUGAUGGAGACGUCUACGGUGAAUCUGAGAUCAGUGGGUUCAAGGAAGAGCUGAAGCUGCUAGGGGUUGUGGUUGAGUUUCCUAACAAUCACGGUCUCAUAGUCUCUCAUUUGAAGCCUGAAAAGCUGAACUAUCUUACAGCAGAUGCAAUGAUCUUACUACUUGAGUGCAUACGUAACCUGACUUCUCAGCAUCUGGUUGAUUCCUUAAGAAGCUCUCAGUGCCUGAAGACAAAAGGAGGCUACAAGUCACCUGCUGAAUGUUUCAUAUCUGAUCCUGACCAGACUUUCUUUCUGACAGUCUUUGAUGAUGUCUUCCCUUUAGUCGAUGAUAGUUUCUAUGGAAGCAGAAUCAGUUCCUACAAAAAGGAGCUAGAGCAGAUUGGUGUUGUGGUUCAGGUUGAAGAAGCUGUGAAAGCGUUUGUGAGAACAUUCAAGCAGAAAGCUACCUCAACUUCUCUAACACGAGAGAACGCUUUGUCACUUCUGUCUUUCUACAAGAAAAUGAUGGGAAGUGAUCACAAGUUUCCUGAAGAAGUUAUGAAAAGCUACACAGAGUUACAAUGGCUGCAAACAACACUCGGCGACUUCCGCGCACCAAAGGAGUGCAUUCUCUUUUGUUCAGAGUGGGAGCCUCUCCGUCUUAUAGCCAAUCUCCCCUUUAUAGAUGAUACCACAAAGUGGUACGGCAAGAGUAUACACAGCUACAAGAAAGAGCUAAGGAGCUUAGGAGUCACUGUUGAGCUGAAACAAGGCGUGAACCAUUUGGUUAGCUCUUUAAGUCUCCCUGAUGAGUCUAGUAGCAUCACUCCUUCAAGUGUUCUGUCUCUUCUUGAGUGCGUCACGUUCUUGAUUGAGGAUGGUAGAAAACUCACUCAGGAGUUUCUAGACAAGGUCUCUGUCAGAUGGUUGAAGACACAAGCUGGUUACAACAGUCCUAAAGAGUGUCUUUGGUUUGAUAAAAGCUGGGAACUAGAGCCUUGUGAUGGUCCCUUCAUCGAUGAAAAGUAUUAUGGCUCUAAGCUUAAGUCUUUCAAGAGAGAGCUUAUUGAGGUUGGAGUUGUUGACGAUCCAGACAAAGCUAGCCAGUUGCUUGCUACACACGUUUAUACUCAUUCUGAUUCUGAUGCAGUUUCCCGGAUAUAUAGAUUUCUCAGUAAAACUGAAUGGAAACAAGAGAAAGACUCGUCGUCUUCUUCAGGCAGGAUUUGGAUUCCGAGAGAUGAGAAAUGGGCAGAUGUUUCUAGCUGCGUGGUCAGUGAUAAAGACAAGCUCUUUGGAUCACACCUAAACGUUCUUGAAAACCAUUACAAGAGUUAUGACCUUCUUGUCUUCUUCUCAUCUGCAUUUAACGUGAGAAUAACGCCAUCUGUUGAAGAUUACUGUGCUUUGUGGAAAGACUGGGAGAGAACAAAGGAAAGAUUGUCAAACCACGAGUGCUGUGCGUUCUGGAGCUUCCUUGUGCGACACGGUAUAUCUGAGGACUUACUCUCUGAAUCCUUCUCUCGUUUGCCAGUUAAGACAACAGAUAGCAGCAAUGAUGAAGAAGGAAUCUUGUUGUCUAGCAAAAGCGACGUGUUCAUAGCUGAUGACUUGCUCUUGAAGGAUCUUUUCAUUGACUCCCCUGUUUUUGUAUGGUACCCAACUCCAAGCAACCCUAGAUUGUCACAAACUAAGCUUAUGGAGCUUUACAGGAAAAUAGGAGUCAAAGACAUCUCUAAAUGCGUGGAGACUGCAGAAGCUAAGUUAACCGACCGAACCAAAGUCAAGAAGCAAGAGAAGAGUCUGAUCGGACCAGGGCUAGUGAGGCUGGUUCUAGGGUUUCUAUCUGAUCCAUCUCUUGAGAUAGAAGCUGAGGAACGUUCAAGAAUCAUAGAAAGUCUUGUUAGCCUCAGUGUUCUCCAAACUCCGGAGACGAUCUCAACGGAUUACACGCUGACACUACCGUCAAAGGGAGAGAAGCUGGUGGCAAAAGCUAAGAAGGUGAUGAGGUGGGAGAGAGAGGAAGGAGUUGUGUAUGCAGAGAAGAUGAAGAAAAGUUGCGGGAAAAGAAAGGUUUUGGAGCACGCCACGUGUUUCGCUGAGGUGAUUGCUAAGGGAGUGAUGAGUGGUAGAGAAGAUCUUAUUGAAAGGCUAUCAGAGCUAGUGAAGAUGGCUUACUUGGUUGAGUUUGACGAAGAGGCGUUAGAGUUUCUUAUGAAGUCCAAGAACCUUGAGGUCUAUGAAGAAGAUGAGAAGCUAAUCUCAGAUGCCUUCUCCCUCAAGUAA